UGAUUCACAUGCAGUCAGCUCUCAAAAAUGUAUUAGUCAUAAGUACGCUAAUUAUGACUGCACGUACAAUUAGGACUCAUUUUGUAAACAUUUUGUGAUCUUGCCAUAUUUAGUACGAUUUCAGACCUGUAAUUAUAUUUUGUGAAUUAAUUUGGACAUUAUUCGGUUUAUUUAGGGUCCCUCAUAUCGACAAUACAAGAAACAAAUCAAACUUCUCUUUUAAACUUUAACAAAAAAGGCAGCUGCAUCUCAUUUUCAAGUUUAGUUUUUUUUAGCUGAAGAAAGGAAACCGAAACUAACCGUUUAUUUGCACAUGCAGCCGGCACACAUUUUUAUUUAGCUAAUUUAAGAUCAUCACACCCUUCAUAAAUAUUUCUAAAUAAUGAAUGCAAUAUAAAAAUGUAAGCCAAUAAUAAAAGUGUCUUUAAUGCAUGAAAUAUAAGUUGCAGAAUUUGGGCUAUCAGAUUGGUUUAGAGAAGGUCUCGUCAUUUCCUGUGGUUUUCCCUUUAAAGUUGUUUGAGUGUCAUUCAGUCAGUAUUCAUCACCGUGUGGUUCAUGAGGUAAGAGCAAGAGUUUUUGACCUGAAACUUCACUUUUUAAAUAGACAUAUGUUUUAUAUAUAGAGACGUGUGUGUUGAUAAUGCGUAUAAAUGAUUACAUAAUUUACACUGUAACUACAGUAAACAACUACAGGAAAAACUUGUGAAAUGUUUACAUGAACAGUAAUAAAACGGCAAUGGAUUUAAUUAAUUAUUGCAUUUAAUUUGAUAGUAAACUAAUGAAAAAGGUACAAAAUAUAUUUGUAUAGUGCAAAUCUCUACAAUGUUCAAGGAGUACAUGUACACUCUUACAAAAAAACGUGUUAAUAUUUUACACAUUGUUUUGUGUUAUCCUAUUAUACACAUUAUGUGUCAUUUUGCGUUGAUUUAUGUUCAAAUAAAUUAAAGGGUCAACACAAGAUGAGAGAUGUGUCUAGUUAAGGACAACACAUUAAAUGUGGACAUCCCUGUUUAACUCUAAAUAAUGUUGUUUAUGUUUAAUAUUAUGUAGUAUUUACAAAUAUUAGGGUGUUUUAUGUUACAUUUUAUGUUUGUUCGAUUAAUUUCUAUCCUUCAUGUUUUGCAUUUGUGUGCAUCACAAUUUAUUAAGUUUUGAUGACCUUUAUUGCAAUAAUGUGAUUAAGAAUCGGAAAAUACAGAAAGCUGCAUUAAUGUUUCCUGUAUUUUUUAACACAUUUUGGCAACCACAGCUUCCAGUUUUAACAGCAAAUUUGUUCACAGUAUGCUAUUAAACCCUUAAACACUUUCUGAGCAAAAGUUCCUGUUAUAAAGGGUCCUCCCAAACUAGCAUUUGAUUGCAAAAUUUCAGACUUGCCCGUGAUAACACUGCAUUCAUUUAAUCUGAGUAUAAAGAUGUUGACUUAUUUGUGUGUUUGUGUGCUUUUUACAAAUAGCAGGACGCUUCAUCAGUUCAGCCAAAAUGAACAACACAUCUGAUUACAACACAACAGAUGAUUUUAAUUAUGAUUUUAAUUUUUAUUUUUAUUUUAAUGAGAGUCUUGGGAACUCUCCAGAGGCGAGUAGAUCUCUAACAGUGACUUCUCUCAUCCUCUACUUCUUGACGUUUCUCCUCGGAGUUCCCGGCAAUGCAUUUGUUGUGUACAUUGCCGGGAUGAAGAUGAAGAGGACGAUUAAUACAAUAUGGUUCCUAAAUUUAGCCAUAGCAGACCUCCUGUGCUGCCUCUCUAUACCAUUCAGCGUGGCAGAGAUCUUUUUGGAGCAUCACUGGCCGUAUGGAUCUGCCAUGUGCAAGAUUCUCCCAUCAGUUGUAGUUGUCAACAUGUUUGCCAGCGUCUUCACAUUAAACAUCAUCAGUCUUGAUCGGUUUAUUCUGGUGAUAACACCGGUUUGGGCUCAGAACCAUCGCAGCCUGUCGAAGGCCUGGAUCUCCUGCGUGGUGGUCUGGGUCCUGGCAUUGGCUCUCAGCUUGCCCUUCAUGAUGUUAAGAGAAACUUACACACAUGAUGAACUGAACAUUACAGAAUGCACAUAUCAUGGCAGUGAAGAAGAAGAAACUUUUGAAAGAUCUGGUGUGUUGAGCAUCAUUAGAUUUGUGUUUGGUUUCUUCAUACCUCUCGUGUGCAUCGCAAUAUGUUAUGGGAUCAUCGCACGAAAGUUAGGCCGAAGUAAUUUCCGCUCAGGUCGAGCGUUUCGCAUCAUGUUGGCUGUUAUCGUGUGCUUUUUUCUGUGCUGGUUUCCGUACCACUGCGUGGAUUUGAUCCGGAUGUACGGUGGGGAGUCCAGCUCCUCUGUGGCAUUGACCGUGGAUCCUCUGGCCAUCUCUUUAGCGUACAUCAACAGCUGCCUCAACCCGGUUCUGUAUGUUUUUAUGGGUCAGGAUUUUAAGGAGAAGGUUCGACUUUCUCUCAGACGUGUCUUUGAAAGAGCUUUUUCAGAGGAGGGCACACACACGUCACGAUCCACACAGUCACAACAAAUACACUCGCUGUAGUUUCAUCUUUUUUAUUUAGUAGCCUCCUGAAUCUUAUUUACUGAAUUGAUUUGCACAAAUUCAGUAGGUUACAUCUUUUAUGUCUUUGUGAAACUUAAUGCAAGCAAAAAGUAGCUUAUUCUAGCAGUUUUCAGUAAUAGGAAGUUUGAGUUUUUUAGGGGGUUUUGUGCAAGAACAUAUGAAACUCUUAAGUGCAUCUUAAGUGGCAAAAAAUAUAUAUUCAAAUAAUUAUUUUAAAUAUAUUUCAAAAUAUACAAACAAUGGCCAGAAUGUAUGUGCUGAAAUAUAUUGUGAAUGUAUUUUUCACCAAUAUAUUUUUGGCCAUUUUUUGAAAUAUAAACUAGUCAACAUUUGAAGAAGUGGAUCAAAACCUUUCAUUAACCUCGUCUUAAAACCAAUACUUAAUAACCGAUCUUGUCAUAGGACAACUUUGAAGAACUUUUUUUGAUCCACUUCACAUGUUGACUGGAAUAUAUAUAUAUAUUUAAAAGCAUUUAUAUUCACAUUGCAUUGGAAGAAGAACUUUGUAUGUUACAAACUUGUAGACAGGUUUGGAAAGAUUACAAUUUAAGCUGCUCAACUGUAACAAAAUAUCAUUUAAAUAUUUUAUACAAAACUUUAUAUUUUUCCGUAUGGGUUGUAAAAUUAGAAAUGUAUUUGUUGCCCCUGAACUACAUUUUGAAAUAUAUGUUGAUUUAUGAAGGUUAAAACUAAACUCAAAUUCAAAAAUACAUUUAAUGAAGCUUUACUUUCUUCACAAUAUAUUUAAAGCAUAUUUUUGGCCAGAGAAAUUAAUUUUUUGCCGUAUGGGAAAAUAUGAUUAUAGUAAAUCAUUAUAAUACUCUUUGGGUUUUUUAUUGCAUGGUUUUAUAGGAAUUAAGUAAAAGUGGAAGUGUUUUUUAGUGCUGACAGCUUAAGUUAAAAAGCAGAUGUAAGCAGAUGUUAUUAUGAGACAUUAAAGGUGACGUUUAUGAUGUUUACUGACACCAUCUGAACUGAACUAAAUGCUUAAUAUCAUAUUUUAUACAAAGUAAAAAAACACAGCAUGAAGUUAAAUCAACUUGGUUUUGCAAGUCAAUUCAACAUACUACAUAUACUAACUGUGAAUAGUUGACAUAACUUAUAAAAAAUAGUUGAAAUUGUUUAAGUAGCAUAAAAAUAUAUGUUGAUUUAAAAAAAUGCUGAUUUUUUUUUAAAGUGUACUAAUGCUGUUUUGUAGUAUUAGUAUUUUACGCUUACAUUUAUUACUGUCAUAUUAUCUUUAAUCAGAGAAAUUUAUUUUUUUGUAUACUUUUAAGUAAAAUCUUUAAUGUUUAAUUCUGAAGAAUGUUCGUAUCACAGAUGUUUUCUUCACAUAUUAAAAUAAUGCAUCUGUAAUCAAUUUUUCAUGUCCACUUCUCAAUUGUGUCGGAGUAUCAUAAUAGCAAAACAAGACACUUUGCAAACCGGGGUCUUGUUCACCCUGCAGGCUUUAUUGAAUUUAUAAUAACCUGUUUGUUGUGUAAAUGAUGUUUUCAUCCAUAUGAAUGAGUGUCUGUGUAAAGUCAGAUAUUAAAUGUGUUCUCAGUUUGUCACACCACAGAAAAAUGUGAUAUUAACCACCCAGACAAAUUUGAGUGAUUAAAAAAAUGCAAAGUAAUAAAAUAAGUUAUCAAAAUCA